AGCGCCUGUGCGGUGGAGCUUCCAUGAUCACCGGACUGUAUGUCUAGUCAGUAAACACUGCCAGGGCAAGGUGAAACCAAGCGCUGUGCAGCAACCUACAGUAUUAUUCAACCCGGUGGCCGGACAAUGAGCCGACGGGACCUGCACUGACCUCCCUGUGCUGGUUUGCCUGUACCUACCUAGGUAGUGCCGCACUGCAUUCUCCGGUCCUUCUGCUUCGGCUCAACCUGCUGUCAACCCCAUUUCAUUCUGCCACUCCAUAUUUCUCCAUCUGCACCAUACGUACCCUCGCUGUCGACAAUUAUACACAAAAGAUCCCAUGAGGACUAUGUCCAAACCCGCUUCGACCACCAGAAGCCGUUCCUUUUCUCUCGCCCUUGCGCUGUAACCAUUCUGCGCGCCCGUCCAUCGGCGGACGAGGGCAGCUCUCUUCCCGUCGUCCAGUCGACUUUGACUUACUCGUCCUCUAGCCUCAAAUCUCUGCACUGGGGCUCUCUUUUUUCCGCCCACCAGCCUCGCCUUGAGGUUUGCCUCGCCUGGUCUUACCUGGUCCGGAUACAAUAAAAAAGCAGGCAACCAAGAAACAUAUUUACGAGGACCCCCCUUUCGCCAUGGCUUCUACCGACGUUACCAUGGCCGACGCACCUUCCGGGCGGCCUGAUCGCCGCUCCAACGCUUCUCCUCCUCCCGGUCAGUCACAGUCACAGUCUAAGAGAGACAAGCGACGCCAAAUGCUUGCCGAACGCAUUGCAACCCUUUCCGACAAAUGGAGCAAGGACAGAGACCAGGCCUUUCGCGAACAACUACAAAAGAUUCAGAUUGACACCAGUCUGGUCAUGCGAGUCGACCCCUAUGUCGAUCGACCUUUGGACAGCUUCGAAGAGGAUCAGAGACGACUCAACCAGCUCAAUGGCGCCGACUCCGACGGUGGUCCACGAUCCCUCCUUGACAUGGCUGGCCCCAAAUUUGCCAAGUGGAUGGAGAACGUACAGGAUCUUGCAGAGCAACGCGAUUAUGCUCUCACCAAAUUUAAAUUUGACUACGAGAAGAAGAUCGCCGAAUACCUCAAUACGCAUGCCUAUAAGACGGAGCUUGCGAACAGAGAACACAAGGCGCUUGCCUCGACCCUCCGCGACCGACUGAUCAACAUCAUCACUUCGAAAAAAUACCGGCUCAACAAGGAGAAGGAGGCCCUCGAGAUUGCCGAUGCGUCCGCACUCCUCUUACACCCCAACCAAUUCAGCAUCACAAACCCAGCCAGCCCCGGAGGCACACACGGCAAGCGGGCCACCCGCCUGCGGAGAGAAAUGGAGGAGAUGAACGGCAUGGACAGCAAGAAAAGAAAGCGCAACAUGAAUGAUGACGACGGUUCUCCAGCGCCACAGCGCCGUGCACUCGACCCCAACAGCACUACACCCCUAUGGCAGACCGACCGUCUGGUCCAACGCAAGACCACCGGCCCCAUCUACAGCAUUGACAAGCUGUUCACGGACAAGGAAUUGUCAAUGACCUACAACCAGUCGGCCUUGGCUGCGCACAAAUACAUUCUUACCCAUAAGCCACGGUUUGACGACUAUGGGCGCCCUAUCUCGUCACCCGAGGGUAGUGUUUCCGGUAGCGGCGACCCUGAUGAUCUCGACUCGGAGUCGGCUCCGUCGGCGCCGAUGAUGGAGAGGAACGUUUCGCACGCUACUCGCAGCAACAAAAGUGGGGCUAACAAUCCCAACUUUGACGACAAACUCAUGGGCUUGGAGAUGCUCGCUAACUUCGACUUCCCCGGUAACCUUGAGCGUUUGACUAGCAGUCAGGACCCUAAGCAGCCUCCUGCCUUCCCGUCACAAUACGUCAAGGGCCAUGCAAAGCAGUCUGAGUUUAACACACCGGCAGCACUGGCUAAUGACGACGUGACCGGGGACUUGAUGGUUAUGCAUGCCCUGAAGCAGUACGACCAGCUUAACGGCAUGGGCGCCAAUCUACAGACUGAGCAUGGAAGCAUGAAGCUUCUCCAAUCGGUGUCGCUCCCGGUCAAGGACCGCAGAUUUGUGUCAUUUGUCCAGGGCGAGCGGCCGUCGGAGAACGAACUCAGGCAGCGCCUUGGUCUUCCCCCGAUCAAGGAGCCUGUCGAGCCCGAAAGAUCUGAGCCAAUCAAUGGUCUCGGUAUCGGCACCCCGUCAAAGGGCGGCCGCUCGGGUACUCCGUCUCAUCACCAGUCUCCUGCUAAGGCGCUUGGGGGUGUCUCUAUGAGCAGACAGUCUAGCGCCAACGGCGGCGUGGCGAUGAGCCGGACCAGCAGCAGAAAGGGACGCGGCGGCCGCGGUGGCUGAACAGGACGGCGGCCUAGACAUGAUUAAGAAACGGAUUUUGACGACGAGAGCUUCGGGCAUUGGUCGGUGGUAAACGGUUUGCAACGACGAAAGAGAGUGCCCAGCGCCGCCUGGCACAAGGUGCUUCACAUAUUACACUGAAUGUUUGCUCCUUUACGAUGGUGCCUGUUUUGCCUCCAUCGCGCACAGGAAGGGAAAGAGGGACAGAGAGGCGUUUGUUGAGAUACUGGAUCGAGGGUUGCGCAUACAUUGAAGGGGUUACGGAGUUUAAGGAAACAUGGCUGGACUUUAUUACAGGUGCUACUUGAGCAUUGAACACUUUCAUGCCUGCAGUUGUAGCAUUACCAUAGGUAUUACGUAUCAUCGUAUUUGGUUCGUUGAUUACCGUGGUUAUACCGCAUACUGUUUGGCAUCUCGCUCGUAUUUUGGGAGUUUACUAGGCUUCGCUUUGCUUUGUGCUUAUGUUAUCCAUUCCAAAUCAAUAUCGACAACCACAUGAGGUGUUGCCGGAAGUUCAUUAGCUG